AUGACUGAGAACACUCAAGCGCAAAUUGAUAAAAGGUUCAAGGAAACUGAAGCAGAGGAGGCGCGUACGCCUGAUGUCCCCGAACCAGAAUGGAAGCCAAGCAGGGAGGUGUUUCAAGUACUCUUUUGCCUCUCAAUAAUAAGUUUGAUGGCCUCAUUGGACAUGACUAUCUUCCUACCUAUCCUUCCAACUAUAGCUGAGGAGCUGAACGGCGACGCCACCAGUACUUUCUGGAUAGGUAGCGCAUACUUAGUUCCAUGCGCAGGUUUCCAGCCUAUCAUGGCUUCACUAUCCGAUAUUUUUGGGAGAAGAAAGGUACUCGUUGCCUCUAUGGGCCUCUUUGUGAUUGGAUCUAUUGUGGGAUGUGUCGCUCACAAUAUGGCUACCCUCCUGGCCGGUCGUGUGAUCCAGGGUAUAGGAGGAGGUGGGCUCAUUCCGCUUGCCAUGAUCAUCAAUACUGAUAUCAUUCCCCUGCGUCAACGGCCAAAGUUUGGUGCUAUUAUUCAAGGGUCUAUGGCACUGGGAACUAUUAUUGGCCCCCUGAUCGGGGGGUUGCUUUGUGGACCAUACGAGCUCCUCAACGGGAUGGCGCUGGGUAUUUUAUAUUAA